UGCGUCCGCUGUCUGUGGUGCUGAAGCGGCGCGUGCUGGGGACUGGAGCGCAAACACACAAUCGAGGCAUCCUCUCGCGGGAUGGUCAGAGGAGCUACGAAGUAGAUAGAAGAAGAGUGUUUGCAAUUCAGGAAUCCAAGCCAAUUAUUUGUGAUUUUUUUAAUAUAAAAUACAAUUUACAGUAGUCUGAAUUGGUGUAAGCUGUUUUGAUAGCAUAUAGCCUAUUUGCGCUGUACAUGUUAGGUUUUUACACAGCCCUCUCUCUAAAUUAUUUCGCUCUCAGACUUAUUGUUGUUGCCUGCCCGUCUCGCGCAUUCUUUAUGCACAGCAAACUGCUCCAGUUCUCCCCGAGAAAAUAGACCUUCGCGUCGGAACAGCAUGGUCCGGUCCAGUCGCACCCACUGAGAGAGAUGGAAGCCAAGCAGCACUCCAUAAAGAGCCUGAAGAGCUUCCCAGAGGCGGGGGUGCGGAGCCUGGCGGCGGCCGCGGGAGACGUCGGUGGUGGAGGAGGGUGUCGUGCCGGCUCGGCACAGAUGGAAAUGGAGGCAAACAUACAGAAAGCCAUUGACUUCAAGGUGGAAGGCCACCGUUGCUACAAGGAGAAGAAAUUCCGGGAAGCGAUAGGGAAGUACCACCGGGCUCUGCUGCAGCUGAAAGGGGUACAUUUAGUGGAUGGAACCACGGGCUCCGAGGUCAACCUCUUGAGCCAAGCCGCGGUCAAACUGACGGAGGUACAGCGGAGAACUGUGGAGAUCACGGAGAUCGAGUGCUACGACAGCCUGACAGAUAGGGGAAAGAAACACACUGAAUGGAGAAUGGAAAAAGACACAAAGGCACCGGGUGAGACGAGGACAGACAUGGAGAGAGCGUGCCUGUUGCAGUCAGAGCUGGUGAACUAUGAGCGUGUGAAGGAGUACUGCCUGAAGGUGCUGGGCCACCAGCGGGACCACUUCAAGGCCAUGUACCGCGCCGGCAUCGCCUGCUACCACCUGGGCGACUACGAAUGUGCCCUGCGCUACCUGCGUGACGCCAAGAACCGCGAGCCCUCAGACACAAACGUGCUGCGGUACAUCCAGUUGACGGAGAUGAAGAUGAGUAGGGAGGGUCAGCGGGAGCGAGAGAGCGGCAAAGAGGCCCUGGGCUAACCUUUGACCUUUUGGCCUCUGUCACUAUGGCCUACUCUAUGACCCAUCCUACAUCUCCUCUCUGACCUCCUCUCCUCCUUUAUCGAGCCCAGUCUCAUUGAUGAGUAGCCCCAGUGAUGCGCUGCAACCAUGUAAAAGAACAGGGCAGAAAAAGCCCCGUUUCUCCCCCUCUCUUCUCCUCCUUGCCUCUCUUCUUCCCCCAGGAGCUGUUGAUCUGUACCCAAGAUGCCGACUGCCAAGCCAACAACAACAAAAAAAAAAGCAAAGGGAAAUGCUGUACUAUAUUCAUACAAAACAGUCAUGGUUGUCUGAAUGGGAAAAAAAAUGAAAAAAAUAUAUGAACAAAGAACAUUGCGUAAUUUAGUAGAAGUGUAAUUUAAACAAAAAAAUAAAGUAUAAUUUCUUAUUUUCUUUUUCGUUGUGAGGACUGAGGAGAGGUCCAGGGUUGGGGAAGGUACCAGGGGAGGGCAAUGGAAGGAGUUUGGGAGAAAGCAAGAGGUGUGACACAUUUCAAGACGUUAGGCUAAUUGAACUGUACACUCUGACCCCGCCCUAUUACAUGGAGGUCUGAAAGCCACUGACCCAGACUGUCCCUGAGAGAGACUGUCUCCCCAGCCUCAGCCCGGCUAGAGUACAGAUCAGGCUAGCUAGCACGCUACGUCUCUGUCUUUUUCAUUCAGGAAUAGUCUUCAGACAAGCCUGCCUUUGCGCUCAUAUUCAAUCUUCUUUUUUUUUUGUUUUCUGCUUUUAGUGUCUCGUCUCAGUUUCUGGACUGUUUUGAAUUCAAGGGCUAAUUCAAGUGUUUGUAAUUUGUCCUUUGAUCGUUUUUUUGAUUUUGCUGUUGAUAUUACAUUGUACUUAGUUGUUAUAAAGCAAAAUGUGUGACCUUUCUCUUUCUAACAAACAAACUCCCCAACAGGCUCGCUGUUCUGCUGUUAACUGGUGUGUUUUUGUGAACUGGUGUCUUGAAUCUGUUGUCCAAUCCCCCCUGGAAUGUGUUGUGUUGUCAGACUGUUACCCCCCCCCCCCCUGCUUUCUAGCUAAUGAUGUCACUAUGGAAAAUAGCCAGUGGGAUUGAGGUUCCAACAAGCACCCUUGGCUGCACAGAGUUCUCUUCUGCUUUCUACUCUGAAUUUCUACUUCCAGGCCCUUUAUCGCUAAUGCUGAAUCCUCCCAGACAUCAGUGACAUCACGAGACACUCUGGCCAGUGUUAGUGCAGGGAAUCCGAUCACAGAUACUGUAUCCUUCUGAAGUGUCUCAACCAUCAUCAGGAGUGUGCCAUUUGAGAUUCCCACUUAAUUGUGUAUAUUUUGAUAGAUAUCAGUGUUGCAACAAAAAAAAUGAGAAAAAAAACAUUUAAAAAUGUGCUGUCUAUGUAGGCAGAUUACACAACACUAGUGAUAGACCAAGACGAGUGAGGAUUGUGGUUGGGGCAAGGCCAGCUAAUGACAUAUUACACCUACAGACCCAUCAUGCCACUGUAUACUUUCUCAAGACAAAUCCCAUUGAGGUUGGUAGCUAUAGGGUUGCUAGGAUUUCUAGAAAUACUUAGAAGUACCUGCCCUGUUCUAAGGAGAGGUUUGAGUUGACCAAAUGUUAAAGCAUGAGCUUAAUUUCUCCAUCUAAUACCAUGGAACCCAGUUUCCUUCACCCUAUGUGCAAGCCAAGCCCCUGCAUGGUAAUGUGUGGCUCAAGUGGACGCCAUUUUGAAUCCAGAUGCCAGGGAUCAUGUCUGGUUUGUUGCUUUCUUUAACAUUGCAUGUUGUGCCCCCAUUUCCCAUUUAUCCCACGUGGAAUUGGUUAAUGGAGUAGUCAGCAGUUUAGCCUGAAAAGGUAUCUUGCAUCUUGCAUAGGUUGAUUUUACGAGACUUAUAUGGUCCCAUACAGAAAUGAAUUAGGGCCAGCAGCAGCCAUCUGCCUUGGCCAACGUGAGCCACGAGAAGAAUAAUUCCCAAAAACAUCAGAGGAGUGGAUAAUACAAUAUCAAAACGAUAACAGUUCUCCUCAUUUGCCUGUGACCUAAUAUGAGGGGAAUUGGGACCAAAGUCUGUCGAUGAGACUCUGGAGAGGCAGCAGCACGAUGCCUGGAGCAAACUUGCAUGAGCCAGAGGUUCCACUGGAGAGAGAAAUGGGCCAGCAGGACCACUAACACAGCAGGAAUACCAUGUCGCUCUGAAACCGUAGAGAUGGGAUUAUGUUAAAGCAGCGUUGUGAAGAGGUUGUGGGGAGGUUAACACCUUGGUAGCAGGGUAACAGCAACAUGGUGUGGAACCACCAAGAACUCUCUCUCACUCUCUCUCUCUCUCUGAUUAUCAUUCUCCACCUCUUUCCCCCCCGUCUCUCUUUCUCUCUCAUCUCUCUCCCUACUUCUAUCUCAGUUCAAUUAAAUUUGAAUUGCUUUAUUGGCCCAAUGUAACAAUGUCCAUAUUGCCAAAGCCUAUUUUGGAAAUGGAUAUGCUUAAAAAUAUUAACAUAAUAAAAAAAUAUAUAAUAAUAAUCGGGAUUGUCAAUGAAACAGAACAAUCAGUAACAACAAUAAGGUUGGGGGGGAGUAUACCAAACAUUAAGAACACCGUUCCAGCCCUACCGAGUGGUAGAGGUGUCACUACAGAUCCGGGUUCAAUCCCGGGCUGUGUCGCAGCUGGCCGUGACCAGGAGACCCAUGAGGUGGCGUGCAAUUGGCCCAGCGUCAUCUGAGUUAGGGGAGGGUUUGGCCGGCUGGGAUGUCCUUGUCCCAUUGCACUCUAGCGACUCCUUGUGGCGGCCGGGCACAUGCACGCUGACUUCGGUAGCCAGCUGUACGGUGUUUCUUCCGACACAUUGGUGCGGCUGGCUUCCGGGUUAAGCGAGCAGUGUGUCAGGAAGCAGUGUGGCUUGGCGGGGUUGUGUUUCGGAGGACGCACGGCUCUCGACCUUUGCCUCUCCCGAGUCCGUACGGGAGUUGCAGCGAUGGGACAAGACUGUAACUGCCAAUCGGAUUUCAUGGAAUCGGGGAGAAAAAGCGGUAAAAUAAAAUAAACACAGUUCUAAAUUGAUUUCCAACUAUAUGUACAAAAAUAUGUCGACACCCCUUUAAAUUAGUCGAUUCAGCUAUUUCAGCCACACCUGUUGCUGACAGGUGUAUAAAAUCAAGCACACAGCCAUGCAAUCUCAAUAGACAAACAUUGGCAGUAGAAUAGCCUUACUGAAGAGCUCAGUGGCUUUCAAUGUGGCACGCCACCUUUCCAACAAGUCAGUUUUAUGCCCUGCUAGAGCUGCCCCGGUCAACUGUAAGUGCUGUUAUUGUGAAGUGGAAACGCCUAGGAGUAACAACAGCUCAGGCGCGAAGUGGUAGGCAACACAAGCUCACAGAACUAGAAUGCCGAAAGCUGAAGCACUUAGCUCAUAAAAUCGUCUGGUUGCAAGACUCACUACGGAGUUCCAAACUCCCUCUGGAAGCAACGUCAGCACAAGAACUGUUCGUCUGGAGCUUCAUGAAAUGGGUUUCAAUGGCCGAGCAGCCUAAGAUCACCAUGCGCAAUUCCAAGCGUUGGCUGGAGUGGUGUAAAGCUCGCCGCCAUUGGACUCUGGAGCAGUUGAAACGUCUUCUCUGGAGUGAUGAAUCACGCACCACCAUCUGGCAGUACGACAGACGAAUCUGAGUUUGGCGGAUGCCAGGAGAACGCUACCUGUUCCAAUGCAUAGUGCCAACUGUAAAGUUUGGUGGAGGAGGAAUAAUGGUAUGGGGCUGUUUUUAUGGUUUGAGCUAGGCCCCUUAGUUCCAGUGAAGGGAAAUCUUAACGCUACAGCGUACAAUGAGGUUCUAGAUGAUUCUGUGCAUCCAACUUUGUGGCAACAAUUUGGGAAGGCCCUUUCCUGUUUCAGCAUGAAAAUGCCCUAUGCACAAAGCGAGGUCCAUACAGAAAUUAUUUGUUGAGAUCAGUGUGGAAGAACUUGCCUGGUCUGCACAGAGCCCUGACCUCAACCCCAUCAAACACCUUUGGGAUGAAUCGGAACGCCGACUGCGAGUCAGACUUAAUCGCUCAACAUCAGUGUCGUCCCUAAUGUUCUUGUGGCUGAAUGGAAGCAAGUUCCCGCAGCAACGUUCCAACAUCUAGUGGAAAGCCUUCCCAGAAGAGUGGAGGCUGUUAUAGCAGCAAAGGGGGACCAACUCCAUAUUAAUGCCCAUGAUUUUGGAAUGAGAUGUAGUGUACCUCUCUGUCUCUUACUCUCUUAACCUCACCACUGUCGCUCCAAAAUAGAACAGGAAAGCAGUAGUGUUGUAUUAGUCCCUAUGGCUGGCUAAGCUGGCCCUCCUCACGCAUGGUGUUCUUGGGAAUAGGUUUUCUCCCCGUGGUCCUAUCUCCAAUGCAUCCGUCCACCAUCCUGUUGUCCCAAUGUGCAUUCUCGCUCCAUGUCUACGGUUACUGUCGACACAUAUAAACAGGUCAGGGCUAAGUUCUUCCCACCCCUGCCCUAACAUGACCCAUUGUGAGAUAAACAAUGGAAUGACCCUGGACCAGUUAUCGUGGGCAGGAUGUUACAACACGCUGUCUGUACAAAUAUAGAUCGAGAGAGACAUCCUCUCUAUAGCAGCCUAGUUCUGAAAACGUACGGCAAAUGCACAAACUAAAAAGAGGACUGGGAAAGUAAAUACGGGCUCUUUUUUUUUUAUCUCUUUCCUUUGAUGUCAUUUGAGGUACAUGUUUGUCAAAAUGUCAAAGUCGUUUUUGUGGUUAUGAAACAAUUGUGGGGGAUAAAUACAAAACUGAAAAGAAAAACAAAUGGCUGUUAAAAAGCUUUACUUUAUUGAGUUAUUUCAUCAACUGAUGAGACAGCAAGUGAAGGGGAAAGUGAGUUUGGUAUAAAAGCACCACAGGCUCUCUGUCACUGUGUCGGUCUGUGUAGAUGUUUCAUUAAGAUUUGUUGUCCCAUGUUUUGGGAAGGUCCGUACACCUCCUCCAGGAGUCUGUGAAACCCCCACAAAGUGACAGUGGAUCUCGUUGAAGAAAGUGGGCGUUGGAGAACCGAACCAGUUAAACAGUAGAGGUCUUUAUGAGCUACAGCAACAAAGAACUCAUCUGUUUCCUUUCCUUUUUCUCUCUCUCGUUUGCUUGUACCAGAGAGAAGGACUUGAAGAUGAGUACAUCAUGGUUAUAAGUACAUUUUCCCAUUGGACCAUGCGAGGAAAUGUCCGUUAAAUAUUAACAUUGGAGGACAUGAUAACUGGUUACAUUGAACUGCUAGCCCGGGAAUGCACUAUUGACUGGUAAAUGAGGACUAUAAAUAAAGUUUAAAAGGAGAAAUAA